CGCCACCAAAGUUCAACAUUCGCCCCAAAAAUCAACUCGUCGAAGUCGGUGAUGAAGUGCUCUUCGAAUGUCAAGCUAACGGCUAUCCAAAACCCACCCUCUACUGGUCAGUGGAGGGCAACAGUUCGCUGCUAUUGCCCGGCUACAAAGAUGGACGCAUUGAGGUCACACUAACACCCGAAGGUCGCUCUGUGUUGUCGAUAUUGCGUUUCGCACGCAAAGAUUCAGGCAAAGUGGUCGUUUGCAAUGCGCUAAAUGCGGUUGGCAGCGUCAGCAGUCGUACCGUUGUUACUGUGGACACACAAUUUGAGCUGCCACCACCGAUAAUUGAGUUGGGUCCCGUCAAUCAAACACUGCCGGUGAAAUCGAUUGUAACGCUGCCGUGUCGCACCAGCGGUACGCCAACACCGCAAGUCUCGUGGUACCUGGAUGGCAUACCUAUCGAUGUGAAUGAGCAUGAGCGGCGUAAUCUCUCCGAAACAGGCACACUUACAAUAGCCGAUCUCCAGCGAAAUGAGGAUGAGGGCAUAUACACUUGUGUGGCUAGCAAUCGAAAUGGGAAAUCAUCGUUGAGCGGUUAUCUACGCUUGGAUACGCCCACUAAUCCGAAUAUUAAAUUCUAUCGCGCGCCGGAACUUUCUACGCACCCAGGUCCGCCGGGUAAGCCGCAGGUGGUGGAGAAGACCGAAGACACAGUCACAUUGUCGUGGACGCGCAGCAAUAAGGUUGGCGCAUCGAGCUUGGUUGGCUAUGUCGUCGAGAUGUUUGGCAAGAAUGAGACAGACGGCUGGGUGGCGGUGGGUGCGCGCAUACAGAAUACAACUUUCAUACAGGUGGGGCUCGUGACGGGCGUGAACUACUUUUUUGUGAUACGCGCUGAGAACUCGCACGGUUUGUCGCUACCCAGUCCGAUGUCGGAGCCGAUCAAUGUGGGCAUGCGUUUCUUCAAUAGCGGCUUGGAUUUGAGUGAGUCGCGUGCCAGCCUGCUAUCCGGCGAUGUGGUGGAACUAAUUAACGCGAGCAUUGUGGAUUCGACAAGCAUGAAAUUGACGUGGCAGAUAAUCAACGGCAAAUACGUGGAAGGCUUUUAUAUCUACGCGCGUCAAUUGCCAAAUCCACCAACUACCACCACGUCAGCGGCGAGUAGCAGCUCAAAUGCCAAUCCAUUGCUAGGCCCACGUAGCGGCAGCUCAUCGUCGUCGUCGUCGUCGCUGUCAUCGUCAGCUGACGCUGCGACGGCCUUAUUGAUUUCGGCGAAGCCAAAUAUUGCCGCUGCCAGACGUGAUGCGGCCGCCAAUAAUGCUGGCUCAUCCACCGCUACCGCUGCCACCACAUAUCGCAUGCUAACGAUCCUGAACGGCGGCGGCGCCUCAUCUUGCACGCUAAGUGGCCUGGCGCAAUAUACGCUGUAUGAAUUUUUCAUUGUACCCUUUUACAAGUCUGUCGAGGGAAAGCCAUCGAAUUCGCGUAUUGCGCGCACACUGGAGGAUG